AUGAGAAACGAUCUCAUGACAUUGACCCGAUCUGGAACCACAUCAAGCGCUGCUGGCCUCGAUCCUUCGGCCAAAGAUUUCAGUCUAGAAAAAUGGCUUCGCACCUUCAUCAAGGACUUCGAUGCUGAAGACCUCAAAGCCACCAGAGCGGGUAUCGUCUGGAAGAACCUCUCGGUGUCUGGAUCAGGCGCAGCUUUGCAGCUCCAAGACACCGUUGCUGGAAUUGCAUUAAAGCCUCUGGCCACAAUCAAAUCUCUCUUCUCACGGAACGCCGAGCGAAAGCAGAUUCUCCAUAACUUCAACGGAAACCUCAAGUCUGGCGAACUCCUCAUCGUCCUUGGGCGUCCCGGCUCUGGCUGCAGUACUUUCUUGAAAGCAUUGUGCGGCGAAACACAUGGCCUCCACAUUGACGAUGGUUCUGAGAUUCACUACAACGGUGUUAGCCAGAAGCAGAUGAUGAAGGAGUUCAAGGGCGAGGUGGUGUACAACCAAGAGGUUGACAAACAUUUCCCUCAUCUGACUGUUGGACAGACUUUAGAGUUUGCUGCUUCUACACGCACACCUUCGCAUCGUAUUCGUGGCAUGUCGAGACAGGAGUUUUCCACUCACACCGCCAAGGUUAUCAUGUCAGUCUUUGGUCUCAGCCACACUUAUAAUACCAAGGUCGGAUCCGACUUCGUUCGCGGAGUGUCAGGUGGCGAGAGAAAGCGUGUCAGUAUCGCCGAAAUGGCCCUCACAGGGUCUCCUUUGGCAGCCUGGGACAACUCCACCCGUGGACUGGACUCCGCUACUGCAUUCAAGUUCGUCAACUCGCUCCGUACUCUUUCCGCUCUCGGUGGAUCUGCGCAUGCUGUGGCCAUCUACCAAGCUUCGCAGCAGAUUUAUGAUUUGUUCGACAAGGCUAUCGUACUCUACGAGGGGCGCACCAUCUACUAUGGAUCGGCGUCCAAGGCUCGUGCCUUCUUCGAGAAGCAGGGUUGGAACUGCGAUCAGCGUCAAACAACCGGCGAUUUUCUGACAGGUCUCACCAAUCCUGCUGAACGCAAAGCUCGCAAGGGCAUGGAAAACAAGGUCCCUCGUACUCCGGAGGACUUUGAAAAGUACUGGCUUGAAUCAUCUGCAUACAAAGCUAUGGAGAAGGGAAUUGAUGAGCAUGAAAAAUCUGUAUCUGGGGAGAAGAUGGUUGAAGCCUUCCGCGAGAACAAAGGUGAAUUCCAAGCAAGCCACACUCGCCUGAAGUCGCCAUACAUGAUCAGUGUCCCCAUGCAGAUCAAGCUUAACACCAAGAGAUCCUAUCAACGCAUCUGGAACGACCUACCGUCGACGACAUCGGCCAUCGCUGUCAACGUCUUUAUGGCUCUCAUCAUUGGUUCAAUUUUCUAUGGCACGCCUGACGCCACCGUAGGCUUUAUGUCCAAAGGUGCUGUUUUGUUCUUCGCUGUCCUCCUCAACGCUCUCACAGCUAUGAAUGAGAUCAACAGUCUUUACGCCCAACGUCCGAUUGUCGAAAAGCACAAAUCUUACGCGCUCUACCAUCCAGCGACCGAAGCGAUUGCUGGUGUUGUUGCGGACAUACCGGUCAAAUUCGUUACUACAACCGUGUUCAACCUCAUUCUCUACUUUUUGGCUGGUCUUAGAAGGGAACCAUCUCAGUUCUUCAUCUACUUCCUCAUCACCUUCGUGGUCGGUCAAAUCAUGUCAGCUGUCUUCAGAACCCUCGCGGCUGUAACCAAGACUAUCUCUCAGGCUAUGACCUUAGCCGGUAUCAUGGUUCUCGCGCUUGUCAUCUACACUGGUUAUGUCUUGCCUCAACCCUACAUGAAGCCAUGGUUCGCAUGGAUUCACUACAUCAACCCGAUCUACUACGCCUUUGAGAUUCUGGUCGCCAACGAGUUCCACGGUCGAGAAUUCACCUGCUCCCAAUUCAUCCCAGCCUACCCCAACCUCCAAGGCGAUUCAUUUAUCUGUUCCCAGACUGGUGCAGUCGCCGGACGACGUACCGUCAACGGUGACAAUUACAUCCAAGUGGCAUAUGAAUAUUCUUACUCCCAUGUGUGGAGGAAUUUCGGCAUCAUGAUCGCCUUCCUGAUCGGAUUCAUGGCCAUGUACUUCAUCGCGGUUGAGAUCAAUUCCUCGACCAGCAGCACUGCCGAAGUUCUCGUUUUCCGCAAGGGACACGCACCUGCAAACCUUACCGGACAAGUCAAAGAGGGUGCUCGUGAUGAAGAAGCCGGAGCCCAAGGUGCAGGAUCAGCUGGACACACCGAAAAUGACAAUGUGGACGCCAUUCCUGCCCAACAGGAUAUCUUCACCUGGAGAGAUGUCGUCUACGAUAUCAAGAUCAAGGGUGAACCUCGCAGACUCCUGGAUCAUGUAUCAGGUUAUGUCAAACCGGGAACACUUACUGCGCUCAUGGGAGUCAGUGGAGCUGGUAAAACAACUCUCCUGGACUCGCUUGCUCAGCGCACAACUAUGGGUGUCAUAACUGGUGAUAUGCUUGUUAACGGCAAGCCCAUUGAUGCCAGUUUCCAAAGAGGAUGUGGCUACGUUCAACAGCAAGAUCUCCAUCUCGAAACCGCCACUGUUCGUGAAAGUUUGCGAUUCAGUGCCAUGCUUAGACAACCAAAGUCUGUAUCCAAGCAAGAGAAAUACGACUAUGUCGAGGAAGUCAUCAAGAUGCUUGACAUGGAAGACUUCGCUGAGGCAGUCGUUGGUGUUCCAGGCGAAGGCUUGAACGUCGAGCAGCGUAAGCUUCUGACUAUCGGCGUUGAGCUUGCUGCCAAGCCUAAGCUCCUACUCUUCCUCGAUGAGCCUACCAGUGGUUUGGAUUCUCAGAGCGCUUGGGCUAUCUGUGCCUUCCUUCGCAAACUCGCCGACGCCGGUCAAGCUGUCCUCUGCACUAUCCAUCAACCAAGUGCCGUCUUAUUCCAGGAAUUUGAUCGUCUCUUGUUCCUGGCUAAGGGCGGUAAGACUGUGUACUUUGGCGAUAUUGGAGAGAACUCCAGAACUCUGCUUGAUUACUUCGAGAACAACGGAGCCAGGCACUGUGACGAUGAAGAGAACCCGGCAGAAUUUAUGCUCGAGAUCGUCAACGCUGGAUCUUCCGGACAAGGCCCUGACUGGCACGAAGUCUGGAAGAACAGCGAAGAGGCCAAGGGCGUCCAAACCCAGAUUGACGAAUUGCACGAGAAAUCGAGUCACAGAGCCAGAGAGCACGAACCGACCAAGGAAGAGCUCAGUGAAUUUGCUAUGCCCCUGACAGCCCAGAUCACUGUUGUCACGCAGAGAGUUUUCCAGCAAUACUGGCGCAUGCCUUCUUACAUCCUUGCCAAGUGGAUGUUGGGUACUUGCGCCGGUUUGUUCAUCGGUUUCUCCUUCUAUCAGGCCGACUCUUCAACACAGGGACUUCAGAACGUAAUCUUUUCCGCCUUCAUGGUUUGCACAAUCUUCUCUUCUCUGGUUCAACAGAUCAUGCCUCUCUUCGUCAACCAGCGCUCUCUCUACGAAGUCAGGGAACGCCCCAGCAAAGCCUACUCCUGGAAAGCCUUCAUCUUGGCCAACAUCGUGGUCGAAGUUCCUUACAACGUCAUCUUGGCCGUCCUCGUCUUUGGCUCUUACUACUACGCUGUCCAAGGUAUUCAAACUUCGCUGCAACAAGGACUGGUCCUGCUCUUCCUCAUUGAGUUCUUCAUCUACGCCGGCACAUUCGCACAUCUCUGUAUCGUCGCCAUGCCUGACGCUCAAACUGCCGCCGCUAUUGUCACACUCUUGUUUGCCAUGUCCUUGGUCUUCAACGGUGUCAUGCAAGCACCUGACGCACUUCCUGGUUUCUGGAUCUUCAUGUAUCGCGUGUCGCCAUUUACGUACUGGAUUGGUGGUAUUGUUGCUUCUCAACUGCACGGAAAACCAAUUGUGUGCAAUUCUGCUGAAACCAGCGUUUUCAACCCACCUGCCGGUCAGACUUGUGGCCAGUACAUGGCUGCUUACCUCACCGCCGCACCCGGCACCCUUCAGAAUCCCACCGCCACUGCUGACUGUCAGUACUGCUCGCUCAGCAACGCCGACCAGUUCCUUUCCGGCAGCAACAUCUACUACAGUCAGGUAUGGCGCAACUUUGGCAUCUUCUGGGCAUACAUUGUGUUCAACAUCUGUGCUGCCGUCUUCCUGUACUGGGCUUUCAGAGUCACAAAGUGGGACGCUGCUGGUGUCAAGGAGAAACUCAAGGGCCUUCACUGGCCUAGACACGAGCCUUUGGCAAAGAACAAGGAGGGAGAGAAGCAGAGAAAUGUUGCUCAUCCUUACUAG